AUGAAUCAGUUGAAUGAAACCAACGAGACUAUGCCUAGUCCACCGGUGUUAAAGACAACCAUCAUCCAAUUGAACAAGGAUUUAGAUCAAGACGACAACAAUUAUGAGAUUUUGACGAAUGAGUACAACCAGAACAAAGAAAGUACUAGUGGAAUGACCAACAUAUCAGCAUCAAUUGCGGGUAGUAUUCAAAGCAAAAAAAAACGGAGGAGAUCUUCUGCUAAUGUGGAUUCCGAUGAGCUUCUCAAGAGGAAAAACGACACCAAGCAACUCCAUUCGAUAAUCGAAAAAAGAAGAAGAAUCAAGAUUAAUCGGGAGUUUGAAGCAUUGAAAUACCUUAUACCGGCUUGUCGCUUAACUUCUUCAGGCAGUGGCCCAAAUGGUAAGAAGGGAGCAGGCACUAAUAAUGGAAGCAAGAUCGAUGGAAUGUACAAACUUACCAUUUUGAAAUCGUCUGUGGAAUACAUACUAUAUUUGCAUCACAUUAUACAACAACAGCAUAACUUGAUAAGGGCCAACGACAACAAAUAUAAAUUUGACAUAGAUUUUGCCAGGAUUCCAUUGGAUGUCAACACUUAUAGAAACAUAAACAAGGAUUUUAACUUUAAAGAUUUGAUUACAAACAUUGAAGAUGCAUCUUCUUCUAAUAGUCCCAAAGAUCGCGAUUCAGUAAUUGAAGAGGACUAUGAGGAGGACCCAGCGAACGAGGAUACAAACCAAUUGUUGAGCCCAGAUAUAACGCCAGACAUGGCUCCUGUGUUAUCAAUGUUAAACAAAUAUACACCUAUGCCCAGAGAAUCGGACUCAUCUUCUGUAUCUCCAAAUGGUGGGUUGCAAACUGCGAUGUCUUGUCCCACGACAACUGAUAACUCUCCAUAUAAUAAUCCAAUCAGGAAUUGUAACUCUGUGUCUGGAAAGUUCAAUAAGUUCCAGUUACCAGAUCCCGCUUUAAAUCCUACCGAAUACGACAAUGAUGAAACUAACCAAUAUCAAUAUGGUCCAAAAAGAAAACUAUUCAAAGCCAAAAUUCCUCCAAACAAUACGAUUUUGUUCAAUCGUCCUUUAAACAUCAAAUGUGCUUCCUCUGAUAGAAUACGCGAAGAUAAGUUGUCUGAUCAAGACGCUUCAAAGACUUUGUUAGCUUUAAGAAAAUCUAGCAUUGACAGCUUAUUAAAUUGA